GGGCGCGAUCGUCGCGGCAGGGCCGGCGGCCCCGGCAGUCGGCGGAGGGAAGUGGCGCAGCAUGAUGCGGCUCUGGCGCUCGGCGCUGCUGCGGGAGCUGCUGCUGCUCGGCUCGCCGGGAGCGGGCACCGGCGGCCCGCCGGGCUCCGGUGUCGGUUCCAGGCGCUUCCCGCCGCCUCUGGCCGCCGCUUUAAGGCGGGCCAGCCCGCCCGCUUCUCGCCGCGGCCCGGGGUUGCCGCUUCCCACGCGGGGCUUGUGCACUCGCUCAGAGGGAGCCUUGGAGGAACCGGGGAAAGGGGCGCAGGCGGCGACCCCCGGAGAGACCCCCGCCGAGGGAGCCCACAACAACAACCUCAGCGGCGGCGGCAAGGAGCUGGCCGGAGGAGGAGGAGGAGGCGGGGGGGAGAAUAAAAUAAAGCAAGGUCUCCUUCCUAGCUUAGAAGAUCUGCUUUUCUAUACGAUUGCAGAAGGACAAGAAAAAAUACCAGUUCAUAAGUUCAUAACUGCACUCAAGUCUACAGGAUUACGUACAUCUGAUCCCCGAUUGAAGGAGUGCAUGGAUAUGUUAAGACUGACCCUUCAAACAACUUCAGAUGGUGUUAUGCUGGACAAAGACCUUUUCAAAAAGUGUGUACAAAGUAAUAUUGUGUUGCUUACUCAAGCUUUCAGGAGGAAGUUUGUCAUUCCAGAUUUUAUGUCAUUUACUUCACAUAUUGAUGAGCUCUAUGAAAGUGCUAAAAAACAAUCUGGAGGAAAGGUUGCUGACUACAUUCCACAACUGGCCAAGUUCAGCCCUGAUUUGUGGGGUGUGUCACUUUGCACAGUGGAUGGUCAGAGGCACUCUGUUGGUGAUACCAAAGUUCCAUUUUGUCUCCAGUCCUGUGUCAAACCCUUGAAAUACGCUAUUGCUGUCAAUGAUCUGGGCACAGAGUACGUCCACAGAUAUGUUGGGAAGGAGCCCAGUGGAUUGAGAUUCAACAAAUUGUUCCUAAAUGAAGAUGACAGGCCCCAUAACCCUAUGGUGAAUGCUGGAGCAAUUGUGAUCACAUCUUUAAUCAAGCAAGGAGCAAAUAAUGCAGAAAAAUUUGACUACGUGAUGCAAUUCAUGAAUAAAAUGGCUGGUAAUGAGUAUGUUGGAUUCAGUAAUGCCACGUUCCAGUCUGAAAGAGAGAGUGGUGAUAGAAACUUUGCAAUCGGCUAUUACUUGAAAGAAAAAAAGUGCUUUCCUGAAGGCACGGAUAUGGUUGCUAUACUAGACUUCUAUUUUCAGCUCUGCUCAAUAGAAGUAACCUGUGAAUCAGCAAGUGUGAUGGCAGCAACUCUGGCUAAUGGGGGCUUUUGCCCAAUCACUGGUGAAAGAGUCCUGAGUCCUGAAGCAGUCCGGAACACCCUGAGUUUAAUGCAUUCCUGUGGCAUGUAUGACUUCUCAGGGCAGUUUGCCUUCCAUGUUGGUCUUCCUGCAAAAUCUGGAGUUGCUGGUGGGAUUCUUCUGGUUGUUCCUAAUGUCAUGGGUUUGAUGUGCUGGUCACCUCCUUUGGACAAGAUGGGCAACAGUGUUAAAGGAAUUCACUUUUGUCACGAUCUGGUUUCUUUGUGCAAUUUCCAUAACUACGAUAAUUUGAGACACUUUGCUAAAAAGCUGGAUCCUCGCAGAGAAGGUGGUGACCAGCGGGUCAAGUCUGUGAUAAAUCUGCUGUUUGCUGCCUACACAGGAGAUGUGUCUGCACUCCGGAGAUUUGCUCUGUCAGGAAUGGACAUGGAACAGAGGGACUAUGACUCAAGAACAGCUCUGCAUGUAGCAGCUGCAGAAGGACACGUGGAUGUUGUUAAAUUUCUACUGGAAGCCUGCAAAGUGAAUCCUUUCCCCAAAGACAGGUGGAACAACACUCCUAUGGAUGAAGCUUUACAUUUUGGACACCAUGAUGUUUUUAAAAUUCUUCAAGAAUACCAGGUCCAGUACACCCCAUCAGAGGAUUCCAACAAUGGGAAGGAGAACCAAACGGUUCAUAAAAACCUGGAUGGCUUACUAUAAUAAUCUUCAGCUAGAUCCUAAGAAUCCAGUCACCUAUUUAAUUGUGGUAUACAUAAGUAAUGAAGAGCGUGUGUGUUUCUAUCUGAUAGUGGUAUAUACUUUACAGAAGUCUCUGUUACUUCAGUGUUAUGUUGCAGGAGUUUCUAUACGCACAGGACAAAUCCAAUCUCUCUCAAAAAGAAACAAAAACCAACCAAGAAUCUCCCUCCAUAAUGUGAGCAAUAUUACCUCAUGCUGCAUAUGAUUGAUGUAGAAAAAUAUUCAGCUAUUGUUGGCUUUACCGUGCACUACUUUAAUUUAUUUUUGUGUUCUGUGUCCGUGGUCAGGAAUUUUUUUUUUUCUGCUGAGUUUUUGUUUCUAUAGCCCUCUGUUUCCAGUAUGGCCAAGAGGAGCCAGAGUACUGUCAGGUAUGAGUGUCAGUGAGGUGUUUCAAAAGCUGAGGAUGCUGAUGUAGAUUUAGGCUGGGUGUGUUAAGUAAAGGAUCUGCACUUAUCUUUGGAAAAAAAAAA